UCCAAACAUAUUUUAAUAUUAUUAUUUUACAGUGAAUUUUAAAUUGCUGUACUGUAAAUGUUAUAUGAGAUGUUCUAAAUUUAUUUUUAACAAGUUUUCUAUUUAUUUCUAUCAAGUUUUCUAUUAUGGCAUUGGAAUAAAACUAUUUAAUGUUGUUCAAUUCGAUCAUUAAUCAUGCCCCGAAAGAAAAGCGUACAAGGCGGCAUUUUUGAUAUAAAAAUAAAGGAGGAACCUUUAGACUUACCAAUUAUUAAGAUAAAGCAGGAACCAGGUCAAUCAAAAAAUGUUAAAUCUUCAACAGAAAUUCUUUCAGAAUUAUUCAGCGCUUUUAAUGCUAAGCCCCCUGACAUAACUUCGGUUUUACCCAAAAGUAGUAAAUCAGGAAAACGCUCCAAACAUAAAAAAAAGCAUAAGCAUAAGAGCAAGAAAAAGAAGAAAAAAAAUUCGAAGCAUUCAAGAAGUAGUACAUCAAAUGAUGAAAGCAGCGAAGAAGAUGAACCUAAAAGAUUGAAAAUUAUGUCAUAUGCAAAUGUAAAUGAAUCAUUAAAUUCAAGAUUAGAUGAUGAUUUUAAUGGUAGAUUUGAUGACAAUAUGAAAAAUAUUGAUAAUCCUGUCAUUAAUAUACCAAAAAGGGCAGUUAUUACUAUGCACACAGUUCCUAUAAAAUGCAAAGAAAAACAUAUUGAGGAUAAAAACGUUAAAUCAAAAGUAACAAACAAAAUCACAAUUAAAAAUUUGAAAUUUAGUUCUGUCUGCGAACAAAAUGUGCAAAGAAUUGAUAAGGAAUCCCAUAAUAAAAAUGUUAGUGAUGAUUAUGAGAGAUUGAAGGAGCUCAAAAUGAAAUCCACUCAAAAGUAUCUAGAUAAAAUCAAUCAAUUAAAAGCUAUGUAUCAAAAUAAAGCUAAGAUUGGUGAAGAACAAGAACGAAUUUGUACAAAAACAUUCAAUGAAAAUAGAUCACGUUCAAGUUCAAGUUCUGGAUCUAGAUCGGAAUCAAGUUCUGAUUCUAGUAGUGAAUCUUCUUCAUCUCGAUCUAGAUCUAAAUCUCAACUGAUCAAGUUGAAAAGCCCCAUCAAGUCUAAACCUCGUUCUAAAUCUAAAUCUCGUUCUAAAUCUAAAACAGUUUCAAAAUCAAGAAGCAAAUCUAUAACAAAGUCUCGAUCUAGAUCUCCAUCAAAAAGUAUGCCUAAAACAAGACUAAAAUCAACUCCAACUAUGUCAAAACAAAGAUCUCGUUCAAAAACAAAGUCUAGAUCAAGGUCUAGAUCAAGAUCUAGAUCAAGGUCUAGAUCAAGGUCUAGAUCAAGGUCUAGAUAUAAUUCAAGAUCAAGGACGAGGGGUACAAAAUAUUCAAAAGAUAAUAGGUACAAGGAUAAGUGGAAUAUCAGGGAUAGUAAAAAUUGGACAUAUCGCCAAGAAUACAGAACUUUAAAUAGAAGAUUUAGUAGGGACUUUCGCAACAGUCACAACAAUUAUUAUAUGAAUAAAGGAUAUAAUUAUGGUAGAACUAAUUACAUUAGUCGCUCCAUGAAUUAUAAUAAUAGGACAAAUAAAUAUAGCAAUAGGCAAAGUUAUAAUACAAAACGUCAUCGAUCUCGAACUCGUUCCAGAUCAAGGUCUCGAAAGAUAUCUAGAACAAGAUCUAAAACUAGAUCCAAAUCUAGAAGUAGAUCUGUGUCAGAAACUAAGUCUAAAACGCGAUCUAGGUCCAGAUCUAAAUCAAUAGACAAAUCCAAGGCUCCAACUGAAUCUAAACCCAAAUCUAGAUCCAGGUCUAAGUCAAAAACUAAAUCCAGAUCUAAUUCAAGAGAUAAAUCUAGAUCCAGGUGCAGAUCCAAUUCAAAAGAUAAAUCUAGAUCUAAUUCAAAAGAUAAAAUUAGUUCUGAACCUACUGCUAAAACCCGAUCAAAAUCUAGAUCUAAAUCUAGAUCUAAAUCAAGAGAGAGAACCAAGUCUAGAUCCAAGUCAAGGGCUACAUCUGUAAGUAGGAUCUUUUCUAAGUCUACAAGUAAAUCGAGAGCUAAAUCUAGAUCUAGAUCAAGAGCUAGAACCAGAUCUAGAUCCAAGUCAAGAGCUACCUCUAUAAGUAGGGUCUCUUCUAAGUCUAAGGCUAAAUCUAGAUCUAAAUCAAGAGAUAGAACCAAGUCUAGAUCCAAGUCAAGAGCAACAUCUGUAAGUAGGAUCUCUUCUAAGUCUACAAGUAAAUCGAGAGCUAAAUCUAGAUCUAGAUCAAGAGCUAGGACCAGGUCUAGAUCGAGGUCAAGGGCUACCUCUGUAAGUAGGGUCUCUUCUAAAUUUAGAGACAAAUCUAGGUCUAGAUCUAGGUCACGUGUGUUUAAAAUUGGAGGUUCUUCUCAUUUAGAUAUUGAUAAGAAGCGCUUAUUAGCGAUAGCUCGAAAAAAUGCAAUACACAUGUUGAAAAAUGGCACAUUGCCAGGUUCAGCCGGUUUAGAUAGAAAAGCACAAGAGAAAGUUGUGGCAGCAAUAAAAUCUGGAGGUAAAUCAGUAGAGGAGCUUACUGAUUUUUGCAAAAACCUUUCUCAAAAUGAAGAUCUUGGUGAUUUAUCUAGUGUAUCAUCUGGAGAAAGUGAAGCAGAAGAGGAAAAAGUUGAAAAACCAUUCCAUCAUCCAUUUAUGAUAAAAAAUAAUAAUAAAGGAAUUGUGAUGAAUAUUAAAAAUGCAGUUCAAUUACCAAUCAAAACACCACAAGAAAAAACAGCAGAACAAGUAAAAAAUUUACGAAUGUUGUUUCCUGUGUCCAGUGGAGCUCACCAUAGAAAAACUGAAAAUGAAUGGAAACCAGUUUCACCUUCGUCCACUCAAUCAAAUGCAGUCCAUUCAGGUGUAGAAAAUAAAAAGUUAGCCAGCUCUAAUUCAAAUAAAUAUAUACAGGCUAAGCCUAAAGAUAUUUCCAAUGAAGAGGUAAAAUCUGUUAGUAAAGCAGCAUCUGUUGAGCAAUCUGUAAAAGUAUCCUCUAAUGAAUUAUCUACAAAUGUAUUAAGUACUACUAGUGAAGUAACAUCCUCAGCCACUCCUGCUUUACCACCACCUCCUGAAUUUCCGGCUUCAUUAUUUGCAGUUAUGGAAAAUGAAAAUGAAAAUGAUAUGUUACAAAUGGGUUCUAGAAACACUUCAUUUGGCCAAACACAAGCUGACAUUAGCACAUACUCAUAUCCGACAAAUUAUCCUCAGAUAGUUCCGCCACCAGAAAUGCCAAGUAAUUUAUGUGGUGUUUUCAAUACAGAGCCUACAAAUUUAGAUAUAUCAACAAUUAUAUCACAAAGAUUAGUAGCUAUGCGCAAGUUACAAGAAGAUCCUUCGGAUAUAAAUGCUAUGAAUGACUUAUAUAAUGCACAAAAAGAUAUGUCUUUAUGGACUUCUUCCAAAUAUCAACCUGGACAAUUUACAGGUAGCACUGAUGCUAAUAUUCUGAGUGCAAAGGAAUUGCAAUCAGGCACUCAAGCAUGGGCGAAAAGGGACCAGCUACAAAGAGCUGCACCAGUCACAGGAGGCAUGGGAAUGCAUCUCUUACAGAAAAUGGGCUGGAGACCAGGAGAGGGUUUAGGUAAAGAUAAAUCUGGGUCUUUGCAGCCUUUAAUGCUUGAGGUAAAACUUGAUAAGAAAGGUUUAGUUUCAAAUGAAGAUGUUUCUAGAAGAAUUCCUCCUCCUGUAAGACCUGCCCGAAAAGCGCCCGUCCUUUCAUUAUCAGGAAAGCAUCCUGUAUCACUUCUAGGAGAAUAUGCUUCUAAACAUAAGCUUGGUGCUCCAUGUUAUGAAUUAUGCUUAGAGUCUGGUCCUGAUCAUAGGAAGAAUUUCUUAUUUAAGGUUAAAUUAAAUGGAGUUAUAUAUCAGCCCAGUAUAGGAAAUAUGAACAAAAAGCAAGCUAAAGCUGAUGCUGCAAUAGUUUGCUUGCAACAAUUGGGCGUCUUACCCUGGGAACGCUUAGCUAAUCGCUUACCGACGCGUCUCACCGGCUCGCACAGUGUUAGAAGCUUCGGAAGCGUACGCACGUCGAGUGCUUCUUCCUCCGCUCUUCAAACAAUGUUUGUUUAUUGUAUUCUUUAUUAUAUUGGCAAUGUCAUGUUUCAAAUUUUAAUCGAACAAGUAUAG